CUUACCUUUUAUUUGACCUUUGCAAGGUUUUUAUAAAGUGAACUUUAUUUGGUUUUUGUUUUAAGUUUUUCCUGGUUUAUUGCCUUUGUGCUAUGGCAUUUCUUUACGGGCUUAGAAAGAAUCACAGCAUCUUCAAUGAACUGUACUUUCAAAACUACAAGUGGUGUCAUUGUAAAUAUCUUACCCUACGGUCCAGUCUUUUUGUUAACUAUGGAAAAUUUCAUAUAUAUAUAUACACAGAAGUAAAGAGGUUAGUGUGACCUUUUCUCCCAUGUACUUAUCAUUCAGCUUCAAAUAAUUAUCAAGUCAUACAGUCUUGUUUCAUCUGUAUCUCCACCACUCACCUGGAUUAUUUUGAAGCAGAUCCCAUCAAACUACUUCAUCCAUGAAUACUUGAGUAUGGAACCUUAGUUUAAAAAAAUUUAACCACAGUACUAUUAUCACAUUUAAUGAGUUUUUUUUUUCUGAAGAGUUCCCAGUCUCCAUCUCACCAAUUACAUCUUUGUGAUAUCAUAUCCUUCUGUUUCCAUACUUCUUUAGUUUAGUGGUUCAACAGCUGUGCCAUCCAAUAUGAUAGUCACAUAUGCUAGUAAGCACUUGAAAUGUAACUGGUUUGAAUUAAGAUAGGGAUAAUGUACGUGGCUCACAUUCUUUCUACUAGGUAACACUGUUCUAGAAGCUUGGUGGCAUUUGGAUUGGAAUUUUAUGUCAAGACUACUUUACAUACGUGGUAUGUACUUCAUUUAGCAGGUUCUACUGUCUGUCCCAUUGGGAUGUUAGCAGCCACUAAUAAUCAAGACCUAGAUUCAUUAAUUCAUUAGGGGUAGGAAAAUAGUAGUAAUUUAAUUCUGUCAUUCUUCAGUUAUUAACUGGAAUACUAAAAAGAGAAACUUCCCCUCAUCAACUAUUUGGUUAUCCUUGAGUAUAAUUUGUUUAGGAAAGCAAGAGAUAAAUACUUAAUUCUUUUUAUUUACAGAUUCAUAAAAUAAUGAAUUGGUUUUUAACAUCCCGCCAAAGGUAGCCAGUGAUUUUUGUUUUGCACAUUUGUUGUUGUUGUUGUUGUGGGGUGGGGGGUGCUGGGAUUAAACCUGGGAUCUUGCAUAUGCCAGGCAAAUGUUCUGCAACUGAGCUGCACCCACUGCCCAAGUUUUGUUUUUAAGUAUCUUUAUGAAUUUGGACCUAAACAUUUUUCUUUAAAAACCAUCAAACCAUUGUUGUUAUCUUUAUUGCUUGCUCCAUCUUUUGGACAGUAGGAGUCUCUUCAACUCCUACUGAGUUCUCAUACAUUCCAGUAUUCUGUUUUAAAUUUAUCUUGUACCAUCUGCCACCUCAGACCUGGAGUCAGUGAUUUUUUUUCAGUGAGUUCUGGUUCUUCUUUAGAAGAAAAAGUAUUUAUCGAUCAUAACCUUCAUGUUAGGGGUGCUUAUUGUUAUUGCUUCCCAUUUAGAGUCAUUUCUUAUUCUUUUUAGUCAACAGAAUUUGGAACUACAUUGCUGUUGAGCCUUCAGUCCUUUUUGAAAUCAUGUCAUUUUUAUACUUUUACCUGAAUUCUCUAUAGAUUGAACAUGAAUGGAUAAAAAUAGAGAAACCAUUCAAUGACUAAUCAGAAAGUCAACCAAUUACUUGUUGAUUCAUCAUAUCAUAUAUGCAAGCAUACUUUUCUCUUUUCUCUUUUGCAUGGUUCUGGAGUUGAACCUAGGGCCUCUUUCUCACAAGCUAGGCAAGUGUUCUAUAACUGAGCUACGUCCCCAGCCCUGCAAACAUACUUUUAUUUCCUAGAAGUGUCAUCCCUGGACUUGUGAAGAACUCUGACAAAAGCAUUUACUUUUAAGAAAUGAUAUAAACAUAGGGAAGAAAGCUAUGAGAGAAAGAAAAUACAUUAAAUACUAAGAGUAUUCCGCCCAAGUGGCUGAGUUUAUGUCGUCGAAGAAUUUUCUGCUUUAAGCCAACCAAUUAAUCACUCUAAAACCAUGCUUCUGUAUCCAUGUGACUUUUGUAAAAGAAGCUUAGCUAAGAUUAUGCCAUCUGUUGUAGCAGUUCACUUCUACAUGUUUUGUCCACAAAGAAGCUCUCCUGGGAAUUCCAAGGUAAGUCCAAACUAUAUCUUGUUCCAUUGAAAUAAGAGUAAUAUUCAGUAGAUUAAAGGAAUGUGAAUGCUGUGAAGUAUUAGUAGUGAUUUAUUUUAGGGAACAAAUUAAAUGACACAUUUCCAACUAACUUUUUUAAAUGUUUUGAGUCAAUAAAUUACCAUAUAAGGAGCUUGUUACUUUGUGUGUAUUGGUACUGUAGUUCCUAACUUGCCACAUCUGGUCACCUUUGAAGAAUUUGUUUUGCCUUUUGGAAUAAACUGAUUUCUCAACAGUCUCUGAAACUAAGAUCACGGUCUUUGAAGCAAAGUGGUGUUAGAAUGUAUAACAUUGUUCAUUUGUCAGAAUCAGGGUACCAGAAUUUGUGUUCUUGGAAUAUGAUUUUUUUAAUUUCCCAUUUUCUGGGUACUGUAUUGGAUGCUUCAAACAUUAAAAAGGAGCAGACAUAUAGGAUUCAUGCCUUCCUGGAAUCUGAAUGUAAAGUAUAGAAUGUAAAGUUUUAAUAAUUGUACAGAUAUUUAGAGUCAUUAGUUACAAUUAUGAUUAUGCUACAAGGAAUAGUACUUAGUAAUUGAUUUAUAGUUUUCAUUAUCCAAAUAUUUAUUACAAAGUACCCAUAGAGGCUAAGCAAAAUACCAAAUGCUCCCUAACUUCAUAGAAAAUACAGGUUGUGAGAAAGAUAUUAAUCUAAUAAUAAAAAAAAUGCACUGAGUACUUUGAAGAAAAGGUAUGGUUCUAGGAGAAUAUGAAGUAGAAAUUUUUUUCAUACAUGGUUCUAUAAUAUAGUUAGGAGAAAUAACAGAAAAAACUAUCAUCUAGUAGGGAUAAGAAUUGUUCCAUCUACAUAUGUAUAUGCUAGGUCACAAAAUAUGUACUGUGUCACAGUAAAAUAUAUAUAUAUAUUUUUUUAAAUUUAUAUGUAUGGAUAUAUAUGCAUAUAUAUAUAUUUAUUUAUAUAUGGAUAGUGCCACUAUAUUAGACUUUAAACAUUUUAUAAAAGCUUUCUUAUAAAAGUGAUGUUUCAGCUGAACUCUGAAAAAUGAACAGCUUUUAAUUAGUUACAGAGAAGAGACAGAAGAACACGGCAAGUAUUUGGAAUAGAAUAUGCAAAGGUCCUGUGGUGAGUCAAGACACAAUUGGAAAUUGAAGGCUAUGAUGGCUGCAGUAAGAUGGAAAAAGAGGGAUCAGGGGCUAGAAGUUGCAAGGCUUCUGAAGGAGUUUUUAUUCUGAAAGCACCUGGAAACUAUUGAAAGCUUUCAAGCAAGUUAGUGGCUUAGUUUUGUGUUUUGAAAUGAUCCUUCUUGCUUCAGCAUGUGGAACAAAACCGUAGUAAUACAGCAAGAGAGGAAACAUGGGGAACAGUUGUCUAAGUGAAAGAACAGGGGCUGGGGUUCCCAUGGUAGCAGUGCAGGAAGCAUGAAAUGGCUACACUCCAGAUUUAAAAGAACUUGUCAAAGGAUUUGGCAUGGGUAAGAAAAGAGAGGAACAUCAGGAAUAGAUCCUCAUUGCCUGGAUCAAAGCUGCCAUACCUUGAGAGGAACCCUGGAGGCAGGGGAUGAUCACUUUGGGGGAGGGGAAAGUCAAUAGUUCACUUUGCAUAUGUUGAGUUUGAGGGACUCUUGAGACAUCUUGGGAGAGAUGUCUUGGAGCUGGUUGUGUUUAUGAGUUUGAUCUCAGAAGAGACCUGGAGAUUUUGUGAAUCAUUCAUUGGUAAUUAAAGCUAUGAGCAAGUGAAGUCACUUAAAAGAGUAUAGUAGAGAACUUUAAAACUGCUCAGACAACUGCUUUAGACAACUGCUUUAGACAACUCACCGCAGUCUCCACCCAGGCCCAUGCUCAGCUAUGCCAAAUGGGCACUGGCACAUGGAGUGGGAUUUGAGAAAUCCUGGAUUGUAUAGUUUGUUGAAGCAUGCACAGCCUGGCUUUCCUAAUGUCUCCACUCCCAUUCCCCAACCCCCAGGCCUCUUCAGGGCUUUCUCUGUCAACUACUGAAUGGAGCCGGAACUCAACCUAAAGUUCAAAGUCCUCCCCAGGCCGACCCCAAUCUAUCCCUUCAAUCUUGGUGCAGACUGCUUCCAGCACAAACUAUCUACUUGAAUCAAACAACUUGUCACCCACUACCUCUGCCCUGCAGCUUCCUGCCUCUGCUCCCUGGCUCAAGCUGUUCCCUGGAAUCUCACUCUCCAUCUCUUUCCUGCUCACAGGCUGUUCUCCAACCUUCUGGGGUCCAGAUCAAAGCCAGUUGCUUUCCUAAAGCUUCCCAAGCCCCAUAAGGACUAGAACACUCCCCUUCCAGAGGCACUCCCUUGUGCGGGGUCCUGUUGUGUGUUGCCCAGCUAAGCAACUGUGCAGGAGAUUGGUGGUCUAAGCCUGGUCCCCAGGACUCUACAUUCUUUCUUUCUGACCCCAGGCAGCCUGCCGAACACUGCUGAGCCAUCUCCACACUCCUGACAGAAUGAGUGCCCUCGAUGGUGUCCCCUUCAAGGUACCCAAGGGUUUUGUGAUCAGCACAGAGCCUCUCCCUGCACCAGAGUUCAGUAUCCCUGCCUGCAGGGAGCUUCUGCUGGGUUCUGUGCAGCAUGACUUCAGCCUGGAAAGGAACACUCUCUUCUGGGUGGAGGCUGCCAUCCGAGGACCCUGCUCAUACCAGUGCAAUGAUCUGAGGACUGUGUCAGCCCCUCCGGCCUGGCUCUUGCUGGUCAGUCCUGAAAGUGGGCCGGCAUUUGCGCCUGGCACAGCCAGAGAUGAGGAGGAUGGACCCCAGGAGCCGCUCGAGGAAGAGGAGAAUGAGGAAGAAGGCUUCUCUGCCAGCGAGGAAGAGCUAGACUCCAGCAGCCCGCAGCCCAGUUCUCCCGGGCGCCCUGGCUCCAGCCAUGGCCUGCGCUCCCUGGAUGUGCUGCGCAGCGUGAGGUCCGAGCUGGCUGGGGCGCGGAGGCGGCUCUCUGAGAGCAGGUUGGCUGCCUGUCCCCGCGCGCUCCUGCACCGCUUUCGCGGUCACCGGGCGCUGAGCCUGUGCCCCUCACCGCCACCCGGGCCUGUACCCCAGCUCCCCAACGUCCCUGUACCCCAGCCCCCCAACGCCCCCGCGCUGCCCCCACGGCCCUCGACAGCUGGCUCCAUGCCCCCACUGCGGAGCCACAAGCCCACUGUUGCGUCUCUCAGUCCGUACACCUGCCUGCCACCCCUGAGGGGAACACCCCAGCCUCUCAACUCCCACAGAUCGCACCCUGAUUCUACAGCUGACCUGCUGUCUGCACUGAGCCAGGAGGAGCAGGACCUCAUAGGGCCCGUGAUUGCCCUGGGAUAUCCCUUGGGAAGGGCCAUUGAGGCUCUGCAGAAGACAGGGAGACAGAGCCUGAGCCAGUUUCUCAGCUACCUCAGUGCCCAUGAAAGGCUUCUGCAGCAGGGCUACGAGGAGGCCCUGGUGGACGAGGCCAUGGAGAUGUUCCAGUUCUCUGAGAGCCAGGCAGGGGAAUUCCUACGCCUCUGGGAGCAGUUCAGCGACAUGGGCUUCCAGCCACACCGGAUCAAGGAGGUGCUGCUUGUCCAUGGCAACCAUCGCGAUCAAGCCCUAGAGGAGCUGGUGGCCUGUGCCCAGUGACCACUGAGGCAUUCUGCAAGGCCUGGGCAACCCCGUCCAGCCUGUUAUGAAAGCCUAACAAGACUAAGGAAGCUGUGCAUUCUCACUGUGUAAACAAUGCCAGGGGCGGGAGUUGAAAGCAUUGCCCCCUUGCCUCCUGGAAGGGGCAGAGGGGAGAGGGUGGGCAAGGAAUCAUGUUUUUCAUAUUUGUAUUUGACUCUUCAAACUAUGUGCAUUAAUUACUUUGACUUUGAGAAAAUUAAAACAAAUAAAUCAUGGCAGUUCUUU